AUGGGUGGUAAAAUAGAUAGAAGCGUGAACAAGAACGGUGGUCCACCAAUUUUCAGGAUAAAUGGCCAAAACUUUCACUACAUUGGUAGUCUCUUGCCGGUCGACGGGAAAAAACCCCAUUUUGCCCAGUUGUAUAUAUAUGAUACUAAUAAUGAACUUAGUAAUCGUAUCAAUUCUGUAAGGCCAGAUGGUGAGCAAAACGGAAUCCAUGUAGAGAUUGUUAAUGAUAUUCAAGAAGUGUUGGAUACAUGUAAUGUCUUGGUCAAAUCAUUCCGCAUGGCACGAUCUGAGCUACAAAUGAAUCCACUUGCUGAGGUCAAAAUAAAAUUGCUUGGGAAGAGAUCAAAGGAUGCCAGAACAUACAAUUUGCCGCAAGUUUCUGAAGUGGCAGCAUUAAUUGUCGGUGAUAUUGAUACAAAUAUUGGAGAACGGGACAUUAUGGUGGAGACGAAAAGUGGCCUCUUGCAAAGAAUUAGUGAAUUAAAUCCAGCUUACUUGCCGAUGCAAUACCCUCUGUUGUUUUCGUAUGGUGAGGACGGAUACAGGGAAGACAUCCCCUUCUCUACAUUAAAAGGAAACACAACUGGUCGUCAAAGGAUAAGUCCUCGAGAAUAUUUUGCAUACCGUAUAAUGUCGAGGGUCUCUGAGGACGCCAUGGCGAUAUGUAGAUUGGUCGGAUAUCCUGAUCUGUUUAUCACAUUCACAUGCAACCCCAAGUGGCCUGAGGUACAACGCUUUUUGAAUGAUAGAAAGUUAAAACCUGAAGAUCGUCCUGACAUCAUAUGUAGAUUAUUCAAAAUGAAAUUGGAUGCUCUAAUCUCAGACUGUAGGAAGAACAAGUUAUUUGGACCAGUAAUGGGAGUGAUAUAUACCAUAGAGUUCCAAAAAAGAGGAUUACCGCAUGCUCAUAUUCUCCUGUUUCUGGAUAAAAUCAAUGGAACCCAUUCUGUCGAAAAAUUGGACCACAUUAUUUCAGCUGAGUUACCUGAUCAAGAAGCUGACGCAGAAUACUACAAAGUUGUUGAGGAGUUUAUGAUGCAUGGACCUUGCGGGAAAGCCAGGUUGACUUCUCCAUGUAUGUCGAAUGGUAAAUGUACUAAACAUUUCCCAAAAAGUUUGUUAAUUGCACAACUUUUGAUGAGGAUGUCCCGUUCAAUCAAGUACCUGUUCAAGUACAUGAACAAGGGUCACGACAGGGUUACAGCAGAGUUUUACAGGACCAGCAAUGAUCAAGAUGGACCGCAGAUGAUGAUCCCGUUGACAACAUUCUCAGCCGGCCAAACAAUCUUACAAAGCAUGUUCCUGGAAUGGUUUGAGGCAAAUAAAACCUACCCUGAAGCAAGGAAUUUGACAUAUGCUGAAAUGCCAACGAAAUUUGUAUGGAAGAAAGAUAUUAGAAAAUGGCAGCAAGGAAAAGAGGAUUUUCAAUCGGUAGAGGAUGCGUGUUGUGCUAGAGGAUUAGUAGAUGACGACAGGGAAUAUGUUCAUGCUAUAGAAGAAGCAAGUCACUGGGCAACACCUGUGAAUUUGAGAAGAUUGUUUGUCACUCUCUUGAUGACUAACUCGAUAGCAAAACCAGAGGUGGUGUGGGAAGCUGCGUGGAUUCAUUUGUCCGACGAUGCACAAUUCAAGAUUAGACAAGAAUUGGAAUUCCAGGAGGAAUUGGCAUAUGAUGUUAAUGUAAUGAAGGAAGAGAAUGAUACUUUGGUGGAGAAACUAACUGAAGAGCAAAGAACAAUAUAUGACAACGUAUUGCAAGAUGCUGAGAAUAAUCUUGGAGGACUUUUUUUUGUUUAUGAAUACGGUGGAACGGGAAAAACAUUCUUGUGGAGAGCAUUAUCUUCGGCUCUAAGGUCUAAGGGUGAGAUAGUUUUGAACGUUGCAUCGAGUGGCAUAGCUUCUCUUCUAUUACCCGGAGGAAGAACUGCCCAUUCAAGGUUCGCAAUACCCAUCGCUGUUAACGAAGAUUCAACCUGCAAUAUCAGCCAAAGCAGUCCUUUGGCACACUUGAUCAUGCAAUUGGUGUUAGGUGGAGAUUUCAGACAGAUUCUACCAGUCAUUCCAAAGGGCACGAGGCAAGAUAUUGUGCUAGCAAAUAGUGAAGUUCAAGAGAUUGCGGAUUUUGCAAAGUGGAUUGCUAAUAUAGGUGAUGGAACAAUUGGUGAUUCAAUGGAUGGAGAAUCUGAGAUAAAUAUUCCGGAACAAUUUUUGCUCAACUGUGGAGAGGAUCCUAUUGCUACAAUUGUUGAUAGCACAUUCCCUAUGUUUCAAAGUGGCCACAGAGAUCAUGAAUAUCUAAAAGAUCGUGCGAUACUUGCGCCAACUUUGGAUGUUGUAGAUACA